UGCUGAUGACGUCGUACGCAAUAGCUCGUGUUGUCACCGCAGGGAAAUACAACUGAAAUUUUUCAGAUUUAGUUCCUAGAUUCGCUGCCCCCAACAGCUCCGAGCGAUGAUUUGGCAUUUAUUUUAAGGCGUUACCUGUAAAAUAAUUACCUUUUCACUUUAUACAGAGGCGCCUGCUUUGAAGUUAUGCUGUAGUUUGAAUAUUGUUUUAUUAUGACAGAUUUUUUAAGAUAGGCUUGCUAGGGCUGCCGUGCAAACGUGCUAAGAAGAUGCCAACAAUUUGGAGUCCACGAAUGUGUCACCUUGACCAAAGUAUUUAAGGCACCUGACGCCCAUUCAGCAAUAGACAAUUGCUUCCAAUCUCCAUGCUUAAUUUCCUAGUCAAAACAGCUAAACAAAUGCAUGAGAUCAGUAACCUUAUUACCGGAUCUUCUCCCCAUUCCUAAUUUUAACCUCCACUCUGCUUUUUCACGCCUUAAAUUAUUCCCGGCCCUGAACCUGACACCCUCUUAUAAACCUGUCCCCACCCUGUCCCCUUAACCCGGGUCCCAUCAGACCUGCAGCAUUGCCAUGCUGGGCUGUCUGCUGCGUCGGAGCAUGUCUCACAGACUGAGUGUGUUUCUGGUGGUCUUCGGCCUGGCCUGGUGUCUGCUGCUGCUUCACUACACCGUCACACAACCACGGCGCGAAAGCAGCGCAGAGCUCCGCCAACAGAUUCUCGAGCUUAGCCAUCGCUAUGUCAAAGUCCUGAGCGAGGAGAACCAGAACCCUUCAGGGCCACAUGGCACAUCCAUGGCAGGAUAUGCUGACUUGAAGAGGACAAUUGCUGUGCUGUUAGAUGAUAUUCUCAGCCGUUUGGUGAAGUUGGAAGGGAAGGUGGAGGCUGCUGUGAACGCCUCCAUACAGAACAUCUCCCAUCCUGCUGCUGGAGCUGGCCCUCUCCUUGCAGCCAGAGUCACCGUUUCCAGGUCCACCAAACAAAAUAUGUCUGCCCACCGGCCGGACAAGCGCAGUAACCCUCUGCACUUCCUGCCACAAUCACCUAACAGAUCACAUAAGCCGCACUCUUUAAAAUAGCAAACUGUGGCCAUGGACAUCUUCUGCAUCCCUGCAGCAAAGACUGAAAUACAGAGAUAAAUAUAUCUAUAUUUUUUAGACUAAAGCAGCUUUUAGACAUUUUUUUUCUUCUGUUGUGCACAUGAGCUUCAGCUUGAUUGUUUUGUCUUAUAUUCAUGGAUCACAAAUAUAUUUUAUAACUUAAUGUGCAAUAUGGAAUAUAAGAUAUGAGAGCGUGAUAGGAUGCGUUUUCUAACAGAAGACUGUUUUUUGAUAUACGGAUGAGUGUUUCAUAAUGUAUCUGCAAAAGACACCAUGUACAGCAUUCUCUCCACAGCUAGCUAACGGUGUGUAGUGCACUUAAAAGGAACCCAGAGCGAAGGUUUACACGUAGCACCUUGUUAAUUGUGAAGACUUGCAAUGCAUUAGCUAUUGAAAUGUGGAGGAAAUGAGCUAAUCCAAAGAAUAAUCUCAUUGAAUAGUUGAUUGAUGGCUCUAUAACAGGCUGAUUUGUUUAAGGGUGGGGAUAUACCUCAGUUGCUGUUAGUACAUGGAGCUGAAUCCCAGCAAAACUGAACGCAGCAUUAAGCUUAAGAGGAACUGUACCGGACAACACAACUCAUUCCAUACAAUAAAACAUGUACCAGGCUUCAGUUGUGUCAGUGUAUGCAAGAGCUGGAAACAUUCAUUUGGGCAGUUAAUGUGAUCAAAUGAAAAUAGAAAAAAUGUUUUCUUCAAGGUUCACUACCAGUCAAAAGUUUUUGAACAGUA